GAGAGAAGUCGCACAGGUUUUUUUUGGAGCUACGCUUUCAUGCCGUCAGUCUUGCGGACUCUGAGAUGGACGUCAGAUUUUAUCCAGCUCCCCCUUCAAGCGUGGGUUCAUGUACGUUACCGACUGACUCCGGUUUGGACUAUUACCACUCCAACAAGAGCAGAUACGGCGCUGCAGAUCGAGGUGUGAGGCUCUACAGUUCCCUGCCCAUGCGCCCAAACCCUGACGGCAAAAGACUGCCCUCUACUGGGUUUGAUGGUGACAACAUGUAUAUGAAUGAAAACAACCACGAGUUCCUCCCGCCAAACCAGAAUUACACAGGUCAGACAGGCGGCGGUGGAGGAGGAGGCGGCGGCGGCGGCGGGACCUCGAGCGGCAACGGAACAGGGGACGAAGACUACGAGAUCCCCCCCAUCACUCCACCCAACCACCCCGAGCCCCCGCUCCUUCACCUGAUGGAGCACGACUCCACGGGCUACCUCUGUCACUCGCUGCCACACAACGGGCUCAUCAACCCGUACUCCUACCCGGAGCUGCCCACACUCAUGAUGUCCAACAUGCUGGCGCAGGACAGCCACCUCGUCUCCAGCCAAAUGCCCUCGAUGCAGGAGAUGGCUUUGCACCACCACCACCACCACCACCACCACCAACAGCAACACCAUCACCAGCACCCUGACGGCGCUCAUUAUGACCCCGCCCGUCACCACCCCCUGAUAAACAGCUCACCUCCGAUACUCCCCAAUCCCAUGAGCGCACUGUCCCAGCUGAACCCUCAGGUCAGCCGGAGCGCUCUGCCUCACGGCUCCCCCUCACCUCCCGGAAGUAAAUCGGCCACACCCUCCCCUUCAAGCUCCAAUCAGGAAGAGGAGACUGAUCCUCAUUCGAAGAUGGUUUUCCAGAUCACGGGCGAGAAGCGGCCGUCUUCAGAGAUGAUGAAGCCCAAACCCAAGCCCCAAAAAAAGAAGAAGAAGAAGGAUCCCAACGAGCCCACCAAGCCCGUGUCGGCCUACGCCUUGUUCUUCAGGGACACCCAGGCGGCCAUUAAAGGACAGAAUCCCAACGCCACGUUUGGAGACGUUUCGAAAUUAGUCGCCUCCAUGUGGGACGGACUCGGGGAGGAGCAGAAACAGAGCUACAAGAGGAAAACAGAGGCUGCUAAGAAGGAGUACCUGAAAGCCCUGGCCGCCUACAGAGCCAGUCUGGUUUCCAAGACAUAUAAUGACCCAGUGGAGACGAAAAGUGCGCAAACGAGCCAGGCGUCUCCACAUAUGAUGCCAGCCAACCCGCCCCUGUACAGCGUGCCACCUCCCCCGCAGCCGUCGUCGCCAUACCUGGGGCCCGGGGCCUUCCCCCUCACCGACCUGCAGAGCUACGCGGGACACGCCCCCCGCCACGCCCUGUCGCAGACGCUCAGCCAAUCGCAGAUGCUGCCCAGCAUUAGUGCCUCUCCCCCUUCCUCCUUCCAGAUCAGUCCGCCGCUUCACCCCCACCAGCAGCUCUCCCUGCACCAGAGCUCGCUCCUCAACCAGCCCAUCCGCAUGCAGCAGGUCCAAUCCCAGCCAAUCAUCUCUCACCAAAUGGGGCUCCAGGCCUCUCUCCACUCCCCGCCACCAGGGCAGCAGGGUUUCCCCCACCUCCAGUCAGAGUAUCAGAAGAGCAUUGGCGGUUCCCAGUCUCCAGGAGCCCCUGGUCCCGGUCCAGGCCCUGGAGUGGCUCAGACCCACGACUGGGACAGUGAAUACUGCAAUCGGGAGUGUGGCAACCACUGCAGUGGCAGCAUGAUAGGCAGGGACAAGCCACUCUACCUCACCUGAAACUGAAGAUCAUACUCUGUCGACAAAAAAAAAAAAAAAAAAAAGACACCGAGGAGUCUACUCUCAUCCCCCACGCCCCCCCCCCCCCCGGUUCCCCGAACCCUCCUCCAUUGCACAUACCGACAUGCGAUGCACACCUGACAUACAAGAACACACAGACACGCACACACACACAUUCCCAAACACACCAUCAUCACCACCACCAUCUUGUUUUUUUUUUUUUUUUGUCAAUGUAAUUAUUCUUUUUCCUCAGUUUCUAGACUUUGUGACCAGAGCUUUUUGACUAGAUGACUACUGUCUGUACCACUUAAUGUAUUAGCAGUCUUCUUGCUGUUUAAAUUUGCCAAGCACUUAUAAAAGUCUCUCCCCCUCUUCCUCCUCCUCUUCCUCUCUGAGUUGUGCGUCUCGGCCCUCUCCGACACAGGCGGGUUACAGGAGCACUCCUCCAGCGUGUCACCAUCGCAGUCCCCUCAGGGACCCCAUCCAGCUUUAAUUAGAGUGAGACAAAAAAGUAAUACUCUUCCUCUUUGUUAAUUAUUUUAUUCUAAUUUUUUUUUUCCCCGCUCUUCUCUUCAGUGUUGUUGUUGCUGUUUUAUUUAUUUCUGGCUUGCUAAGUUUGUUUUUCCUUUUUAUUUUAUUUUUUCAUUUUCUAUUUUGCCAAUAAGCGAGGGGCCCCGUACUGUAGAGAAAUAUUAACUUCUAGUAGGUUCAGCACAGGCCUUGGUGUUAUGGUAGCUUUGCUUAAGGGCCUGCAGAUUAAUACAAAAAGUUUAGGCAGGGAGGAAAAACAAAACAAAACAAAAACAAAAAAAAAAAAUAGAAAUCUUUUUUUAAUAUUGAAGACCUGUUGAGGUCUACCGAGCUGUCACAGUGUGAUUGUAAAUAUCACUUUUACGGGAUCAAAUUGGGAAUUGGAAGUCCAGACAGAUCUGUUUCUUCAAUCUUACAUGUAAGUCAUCGUGUGUGCGUGCAUGUGGCGCGAGUGCGAGUGCGUGCGUGCGUGCGUGCGUGCGUGCGUCUGGACGUUUGAAUGUACUGCAUUCAUGACGUGUGCAGUCGGGUAUGUGUUGCAACGUGCACGGACACACACACCCGUGCGCGGAGUGUCGAGUCCUUCUCGUGAAUUUUAACAGCCCUGUGCAGCUGGAUUUCAGAGGAGUAUUUCACACUCUCCUUCUUGCAUUAAAUCUGUGCUCACUGGUGUGUUUUUUUCCAAUAAAGUUCAAUCUAAAAACUGAAUACACAAUAUGUGUCCUGCAGAUCAUUAAAUGGAAAGAGAGAGAGGGAGAGCCAGGUGAGAGAUAGAUGGAAAAAAAAAAAAAAAGAGAAAGAAAUGCUGUGAGAUAAAAUGAGAUGUAAUGUUGCAGGUUGAGAGAGAGAAAAAAAAAAUAAAAAAAAAAGAGAGAGAAAAGAUGCCUCAAAAUGCCUGCCCCUCCUCGGGUUCUUCUGUCUCACCAUAAUGUCGGUUUUUUUUGUCCCCUCGACAUACAGAAGUGAAGUAACGAAACAUGUGAAUGGAGCCAUCACAUCCACAUUAUACAGUGAUUUUUAUAAGUUUCUAGUUGGUGUUUGGUUGUGUUGAGAUCAUCUUUUUAACUUGUGUGAUUAACAGAAAUGCAUUUUUUUUUUUUUUUUGCCGACGACGACAUCUCGUUUUUAUCUCUUACGUGUAGCAUAACUUCAGUUUUAGUUGCUGCAGAAACUAUAACAUUUUAAGUUGUGUA